AUGCUCGCGUCACUCGCGCGUCGCGGCGUCGGCCGCCUGCAUUGCGGAGGGAGGCAGCACGCCAUGUCGAGGCUCGCAUCACGGAUUCCGCACUUGCCCGCCACUGCGACACCACAGCUCCGGUCUUUUGUGUCGGGCCGCUCGCCAGCCGAUCACCUCUCCGACGAACUCGCCGAGGCUAACCUGCUGCUGAGCGACUUGCUAGACGACGACGACCGCAGCUCGGAUGAUUUCAAGGCCGACCUCGAGGAGGUUCGUGCCGCGUACGCUGCGGUGCGUGAGGCCUAUGACGCAGCGAUGGCGGCACUGCCCGAGAAGGAGCAGGUGAGCUUGCGAAAGAACUUCGACUUGGCUGUCGUUGGCCUUCGCGAUAAGCUGGUGGCGCUGGAAGAGGAGGCUGGUGGCGUCUGA